AAGCAAGCAGGCAAAAACCCCAGAGAAAAAAAGCCCAGCACCAGGGAGCCUUCAGCCUAGCCUAGCCGCACCGCAUCGAUCGAAUCGAGCUACCACGCCGCCACGUCUGCCUUGCCCCCUCCUCCAAUCCAACCCACCCCCGCAGGCAAAGGCAAACCCCAGCCAGAGCCGACGGCAAGCUGGACACCUACGCCAUGGAGCGGGUGGCGCUGCUCCGCACCUCCGGCCGCCGCCUCCUCCAGCGCUGCGGCAGGCCCAGGCCCCUCGUGCCCGCCGCCACCUCCUCCGCGCCGCGUCGCCGCUUGUCCUCCUCCUCCUCCUCAUUCUCGUCGCCCGGCGGCUCGUCGCGCCUCCUGGCCGCGGCCGCGCCGCUGCACCUGCACUCCGCGGGGCGGUACUGGCCGCUCACCGCGCCCGGCCUCGCGAGGCGCCUCUCCGUCCCCGCCGUCUCCACCUCGCCCUCCCCUGUGCCCAGCGACACCGACGAUGUCCAUGAGUAUGCGGCAACGCUAGGCUUUGAAAAGGUAUCUGAACAAGUCAUAGACGAGUGCAAAUCAGCUGCUGUUCUCUACAAGCACAAGAAGACAGGCGCAGAAGUGAUGUCCGUGGCAAACGACGACGAGAACAAAGUGUUCGGCAUUGUAUUCCGUACCCCUCCGAAAAAUUCGACUGGCAUACCUCACAUUCUUGAGCAUAGCGUUCUCUGUGGAUCGAGAAAGUACCCUUUGAAAGAGCCAUUUGUUGAGCUUUUAAAGGGUAGUCUGCAUACUUUCCUGAAUGCGUUCACCUAUCCGGAUCGGACGUGUUAUCCAGUUGCAUCAACAAACACCAAGGAUUUCUAUAACUUGGUUGAUGUAUACCUUGAUGCUGUGUUUUUCCCUAAGUGUGUCGAGGACUUCCAAACAUUUCAACAGGAAGGUUGGCAUUAUGAGCUUAAUAAUCCCGAAGAAGAGAUAUCCUACAAAGGUGUUGUCUUCAACGAGAUGAAAGGAGUCUACUCUCAACCUGAUAACAUAAUGGGGCGUGUGUCUCAACAGGCACUUUCUCCUGAUAACACGUAUGGUGUGGAUAGUGGUGGGGACCCAAAUGAAAUCCCAAACCUUACUUUCGAAGAAUUCAAGGAGUUCCACAGGAAGUUCUAUCAUCCGAGCAAUGCUAGGAUCUGGUUUUACGGCGAUGAUGACACAAAAGAGCGACUACGUAUUCUAAGUGAAUACCUUGACCUGUUUGAAGCCAGCCCUGCUCGUAAUGAAUCAAAGGUUAUGCCUCAGAGGCUUUUCAAAGAACCAGUGAGGAUUGCAGAGAAGUAUCCUGCUGGCCAGGAAGGUGAUUUGAAAAAGAAAUAUAUGGUUUGCACUAAUUGGCUCUUGUCAGAGGAGCCACUGGAUGUAGAAACUGAGCUUGCACUUGGUUUCCUGGAUCAUCUGUUGCUGGGGACUCCUGCUUCACCACUUAGAAGAAUUCUUCUUGAAAGUGGUUUAGGAGAGGCUAUUGUGGGAGGUGGUGUUGAGGAUGAGCUUCUUCAACCACAGUUCAGUAUAGGCUUGAAAGGUGUAUCUGAGGAUAACAUUGAGAAGGUUGAAGAGCUGGUUAUGCAAAUUUUGAAGAAUUUGGCAGAGGAGGGAUUUGCACCAGAAGCAGUGGAAGCAUCUAUGAACACGAUCGAAUUCUCUCUCAGGGAGAAUAACACGGGAUCAUUUCCCCGAGGGCUGUCACUAAUGCUUCGUUCGAUGGGAAAAUGGAUAUAUGAUAUGGACCCUUUCGAGCCUCUGAAAUAUGAACAGCCAUUGCAGCAACUCAAAGCACGCAUUGCUGAGAAGGGAUCCAAAGCAGUAUUCUCCCCGCUCAUUGAAAAAUAUAUUUUGAACAAUGUGCAUCGUGUGACAGUUGAAAUGCAGCCUGAUCCUGAGAAAGCUUCACGUGAUGAAGCCGCUGAGAAAGAAAUUUUGAAACAAGUAAAAUCUAGCAUGACUCAGGAGGAUCUUGCAGAGUUGGCACGUGCUACAAAGGAGCUGAAGGACAAACAAGAGACUCCAGAUCCUCCAGAAGCUCUCAAAGCUGUUCCUAGCCUGUCGCUACAAGAUAUCCCUAAAAAGCCUAUUCAUGUGCCAAUAGAGGUGGGGGAAAUAAACGGUGUCAAGGUCUUGCAACAUGAUCUCUUCACCAAUGAUGUAGUCUACUCCGAAGUUGUAUUUGAUAUGGGUUCUAUGAAGAAAGAACAUCUACAACUGUUGCCUUUGUUCUGCCAAUCCUUACUGGAGAUGGGCACAAAAGACAUGGACUUCGUGCAGCUUAAUCAGUUAAUUGGGAGAAAAACUGGAGGCAUAUCAGUUUACCCAUUAACAUCUUCAAUAAAGGGAACAGAUGAUCCUCUUACUCGUAUUGUCGUUCGGGGAAAGGCAAUGUCAACGCGAGUAGAAGAUUUGUUUCACCUGAUGAACUGUCUUCUUCAAGAUGUUCAGUUCACAGAACAACAGAGGUUCAAGCAGUUUGUUUCCCAAAGUAAAGCAAGAAUGGAGAAUCGAUUGAGGGGAAGUGGCCACGGUAUAGCAGCUGCCAGAAUGGAUGCUAAGUUAAAUGCAGCUGGAUGGAUUUCAGAACAAAUGGGCGGUGUUAGUUAUCUUGAGUAUCUACGAGACCUGGAGACGAAGAUUGAUCAAGAUUGGGACAGAAUAUCUGCAUCACUCGAGGAAAUGAGGAAGUCUCUAUUUUCGAAGGAAGGUUGCUUGAUAAACAUAACAAGCGACUCAAAAAAUCUUGAAAAAUCUGGUCAGCAUAUUGCCAAAUUUCUUGAUGCACUCCCAAGUGCCCCAUCCCUGGGAAGUGAUCCAUGGCUCUCUCGAUUGCCUUCUGUUAAUGAAGCCAUUGUUAUCCCUACACAGGUUAAUUAUGUUGGAAAAGCUGGAAACCUAUACCAAAGUGGAUACCAGCUCAAUGGAAGUGCCUAUGUCAUAUCCAAGCACAUAAGCAACACAUGGUUAUGGGACCGCGUUCGAGUUAGUGGUGGAGCAUAUGGAGGGUUUUGUGAUUUUGACACUCAUUCAGGUGUCUUUUCCUAUUUGUCAUACCGUGAUCCGAACUUGCUGAAAACACUAGAGGUCUAUGAUGGGACUGCAAAGUUCCUCAGAGAACUAGAGGUAGAUGAUGAUGCUCUCACAAAAGCUAUUAUUGGCACCAUAGGGGAUGUUGAUUCCUAUCAGCUACCAGAUGCUAAAGGUUACAGCAGUCUGAUGCGGUAUUUGUUGGGCAUCACUGAGGAGGAACGCCAGCAAAGGCGUGAAGAGAUACUCGCAACCAGCGUGAAGGAUUUCAAGGAGUUUGCUGAUGCCGUCGAGACGAUCAACGACAAUGGGGUUGUGGUGGCUGUAGCAUCGCCUGACGACGUCGAGGCAGCAAACAAAGAGAAGUCGUUAUUUUCAGACAUCAAGAAGUGCCUGUGAGGCCUCUCCAUUCCCAUCCCGGCAGGGUUUCAGUCUGGACCUGCGCCGAGCAGAAGAGGUUCUUCAGAGUUUUGCUUCAUUGAUGAAGAAGAAUGGUCUGGCGCUGUAACAUGAGUUCGCGUGGCGAGAGCAUUGAUCACCUUGACUGUAGCCCGGUUACGGUUGUUUAUUUUUUGCGCCCAUUUUUAGGGGAAAUAAUUAGUUCAGCGUGUUGAGCGGAGCACAAUAGUUAAACAGAGUUCCAUUGCUGCCUUUUCCCCUCUGCAAUCAGUGCUCAAACAAGACGGUUGUACGCCAAGCUGCUGUUAGGAGAUUAAGAGCUGAUGAGAACCUGCUCAAACAAUAGUUGAAUAUUCUGUAACUUGCUAUACGGAAAGAUAUAAAUGUUUUCGCAACUUGGUUGAUCA